AUGACCAUUAUUUUGCAUGUCGAGGUGCUGUGCACUGCCCCCCUGACCACACCCAGUCUGUCAGUCUCCAGUGUUGACGGCACUGGCAAGGAUGCCGCCAACUCGUCCCACACUGACAACGGCCACUGCGAGGGCUACGCCCCCGCCCCGGACGAGACGGUGUCGACGGGCACGGCCGCCACUUCGACCUCCGGAUCCGACGGCACCGUGAACGGCGACAGCGGCAGCAACGGUAUAAACAGUGGUGGCACCACAGCGAGCAAUUCUGCCACCGGAGUGGGAGAGGAACGGCACACGGGAAAUACUGACUCGGCCAGCACUGCCGAAAAGAGGCCGCCGUUCUCCUACAAGGCACUCAUUGCUAUGGCCAUAGCACAGUCACCUCACAGGAAGGCGAAGCUGUCCGAGAUCUACGCCUACAUCACGAGACGCUUCCCUUACUUCGAACACAACAAGAAGGUUUGGCAGAACUCGAUCCGCCACAACCUGUCACUCCACAAGUGCUUCGUCAAAGUGCUGCAGAAGGGUAGAAAGGAGAAGGGCAACUACUGGGUCCUCGACUCGCAGUUCGAGGGCACGUUCAAGGACGCCAAAUACUGUCAGCGACAGUGCAACAGGCAGCCAUUUCACAGGGAUGUGGGGGCGGUGACAAACUCUGCAGUGCCCGGUGACCUUGCUGCUGCCGACCUGCAAUUUGCCAGAGAUGAACACAGCACUGCCACCCUGACCACAUCCAGCCUGUCAGUCUCCAAUGUUGACGGCACUGGCAAGGAUGCACCCAACUCGCUCCACACUGACAGCAGCCACAGCGAGGGCUACGCCCCCGCACCGGACGAGACGGCGUCGACGGGCACGGCCGCCACUUCGACCUCCGGAUCCGACGGCACCGCGAACGGCGACGGCAGCAGCACCGGUAUAAACGGUGGUGGCACCACGGUGAGCGAUGCUGCCAGCGGAGUGGGAGAGGAACGGCACACGGGAAACACUGACUCGGCCAGCACUGCCGAAAAGAGGCCGCCGUUCUCCUACAAGGCACUCAUUGCUAUGGCCAUAGCACAGUCACCUCACAGGAAGGCGAAGCUGUCCGAGAUCUACGCCUACAUCACGAGACGCUUCCCAUACUUCGAACACAGCAAGAAGGCGUGGCAGAACUCGAUCCGCCACAACCUGUCACUCCACAAGUGCUUCGUCAAAGUGCUGCAGAAGGGUAGAAAGGAGAAGGGCAGCUACUGGAUGCUCGACCCGCAGUUUGAGAGAGCGUUCAAGGAUGCCAAAUACUGUCAGCGACAGUGCAACAAGCAGCCAUUUCACAGGGAUGUGGGGGCGGUGGCAAACUCCGCAGUGCCCGGUGACCUUGCUGCUGCUGACCUGCAAUUUGCCAGAGAUGAACACAGGUCUACCAAAAUUCCUUCAUUUGAAGAAAGCUAUCUUCAAAACGUGUCCAGUGGUGAGGUAGCGAUGAAGGAAGAAAAAUCGAUCCAUUUCGUCAGUUGUAGUGCUCCGACACAAGGAAUUAGCUUACAGCUGGAUAAUUCCUUCUGCAGUACACCUUAUAUGAGCAUGGUGGACAAUAUAUUUUCUGUCUUCACCUGCAGUUCGUGCCUACAGAGGUUUUCAUCGAAAUACAGCCUCAUAAUGCACGUGUUCAUUCACAUCGAUUGUGUACAGCCACCGUUACACGUUUGUAGAUACUGCGGUGAAGUGUUUCUCACUUAUUUUGGCCUGAAUAAGCAUUUGAGGAUGAAAGACGACGACGGGACUCUGAUCGCACGACCGUUUUCUGAUACCGGAAAGAUAUGUCACUCUAGUGAUUUGCGCAGCGAUGUAGUCAGUUCCGAAGACCACGUGCCUGUUUCUUUCGACUCAGUCACUGGUAACAGUUCAAAUGAACAAGUCACUAACACAGAUCUUGUGGAAAGGGCAGAUUCUAAUCGACGUAAAGAUGACAGCUCGAGCUGCAUACAGGCACAACAAAAAGACUGUUACACUUGAGCCUCCAGCCGAAACCUUCUUUAGAAAAGGAAAAACGUCCACACAGUCCCACAAGGAAGCACAUCUCACGCACAUGCGACUGCCAUCUCCAGCCACACUGGCCGCACGGUAACUCGCGUCAGAUGGGAACAGAAA